AUGGAGCCCUCAUUACCCCCCCAAAUCGCAGACGCGCUUCCAAUUCCGGGCCCCUGCCGUAGCCCAUCAGCAUGGCGCUCAAACAUCGACAUUAGCAUCGUCGUCAUCAGUGCCGGCACCAACGCCGUCCCUCGCGAUGGGGAGGAUCCCGAGCCAGAGUCUUCAACAACACGUCCUCCGUUACCACGUCAGAGCUCUCAUUCCAAAGCCAGCUUGAUUUCUCCAACCCCUUCUGUGGAAGCCGAUGACGAGCGGGAUUCCUCCUGGGGUUAUUCAGAUUCCGGAAUGGAUGACCUUACCGAUCCUGUCGCAGAAACGAGAUAUGCAGACGAAGACACCAGGCCGACAAGCCAGAAAGAACUAUGGGGAUGGUACUCAUAUGGCUGGGCUGCAGAGGUCUUCGCCAUCUGCGCAAUGGGCUCCUUUCUUCCCAUCACCCUUGAACAGUUGGCUCGAGAGCAGGGAGUGCUAAUGAAAGACAAGACAACACCGUGCCGCACCGGUUGGCAGACAGACCAUGGCAGCCCUCCAAACACGACGAUAUUCGAAACUCCUAGGCACAAACAUAAUGAACUCCCCCCUUGUGUUAUAUUCUUCCUCGGUGCCGAAAUCAACACUGCAAGCUUUGCCAUGUACACCUUCUCGAUCAGCGUUUUGAUUCAGGCCAUUCUCAUCAUCUCGAUGUCCGCAGCCGCCGAUCACGGUCGGUUUCGAAAGACAUUCCUCCUCGUAUUUGCCUUUACUGGCUCGACGGCCACCGCACUGUUCAUUGGGGUCGUUCCCAAGGUCUAUUUGCUGGGCGCGCUCUUUGCGAUCGUCGCCAACACCUGUUUCGGCGCUUCGUUUGUAUUGCUGAAUUCCUUCCUGCCGCUCUUGGUGCGACAUCACCCCUCUAUCGACGACACCAGCGUUCGACCUCCUAGUCGCUCUGCAGACGAAAGGAUAUUAGCUGAUGACAGAGAGUAUUAUGAGCACGAAGACCGUGCUUUGGCGAGCUCGACGUCUGAGCUCCUACCUCGAGAUCGACCUGAUCCAACACCUCCAACUCCAGAAACUCCGGCAGCAAUCUCACCGGAAUUGAAAUUGUCUACCAAGAUAUCGUCGAAUGGGAUUGGCAUUGGCUAUAUUGCGGGAUUGCUGGUUCAGACCAUUGCCAUACUCAUUGUGGUGGCCACUGGAUCAACCACAUUUUCCCUUCGGCUAGUCCUCAUGGUUGUGGGACUCUGGUGGUUCGCCUUCAGUAUUCCGGCUGCUCUGUGGCUGCGGCCCCGACCUGGUCCACCGCUUCCCACAGCAAUGACGGGCGAUUCAGCUUGGAUCGGAUAUGUCAUCUAUGCUUGGAAAGCAUUGUUCAAAACAAUCGGACACGCGAGGAAACUUAAAGAUAUUGUCAUUUUCCUCUGUGCGUGGUUCUUACUCAGUGACAGCAUUGCCACCGUGAGUGGAACGGCGAUACUCUUUGCCAAAACCAGUCUUGGGAUGAAAACCGAGGCGCUUGGAUUGAUCAAUGUCAUCGCAACAAUAGCCGGCGUGAUUGGCGCAUUCUACUGGAGCUUCAUUUCACGGUUAUUCAACAUGGGUGCCUCUCGAACGAUUGUCGCCUGCAUUUGCCUCUUUGAAAUUAUCCCAUUGUACGGCCUGUUGGGGUUCAUUCCUGCCAUCAAAAGAUACGGUGUUUUUGGACUGCAACAACCAUGGGAAAUGUACCCUCUUGGAGCGAUUUAUGGGUUCGUUCUGGGAGGUUUAUCGUCUUACUGUCGAGCAUUUUUCGGCGAGCUGAUUCCUCCCGGGUUUGAAGCUGCGUUUUACGCCUUGUACGCAAUCACGGACAAGGGGUCGAGUAUCUUCGGCCCGGCCAUUGUUGGAGCAAUAACCGAUCGAUAUGGGGAAAUUCGACCGGCAUUUGUGUUUUUGGCGGUGCUCAUUUUCCUUCCGCUGCCAUUGAUGUUAUUGGUGGAUGUAGAUCGAGGCAAGGCUGAGGCAUACCAAAUGGCGUUGGAGCUGAAAGGACAUCGAAAGGGAGGCCAUACUGAUACUAGGUAUACAACGAUCCCGACGAUUGUUCUUUCGGAGGAGGAAGAAGACUAG